CAAACCUUCCCGACAACUGUAGAGUGGGAUUGUACUUUGUCCAACAAGGAAGCAAGAAAGGACCAGUCCCCCAUUAUUCAGAGAUAAUAAUCAGUGACAAUGGGGGACUGGUCAUAUCUUUCCAAGUUACUGGACAAGGUGCAGUCCCACUCAACGGCCAUUGGAAAGACAUGGAUGAGUGUCCUGUUUAUCUUCAGGAUCCUGGUUCUGGGUGCAGCAGCAGAUAGCGUGUGGGGAGACGAACAGUCGGAUUUCUACUGCAACAACAAAGAACCUGGGUGUGAGAAUGUGUGCUAUGACUGGGCCUUCCCCAUCUCACACAUCCGUUUCUGGGUCAUGCAGAUCAUCUUUGUCUCCACCCCAACUCUUCUAUAUCUGGGCCAUGCCAUGCAUGUCAUCCAACGGGAGAAUAAAAUGAGGGAGGCACUGCAGAGCCAGGUUGACAAUGGCAUGUUGAAGAGGCCCAAAUACACAGAUGACCGGGGGAAAAUCAAAAUCAAGGGAAUUCUGCUACGUAGCUACAUGACCCAGUUGUUCUUUAAGAUAGUGUUGGAGCUCGCUUUUAUUGUGGGACAGUACUACUUAUAUGGGUUUGUCAUGAAACCCAUGUUCCUCUGUCAACAACAGCCCUGUUCCAGACUGGGUGCUGAGUGCUUCAUGUCCCGUCCCACAGAGAAGACCAUCUUUAUCAUCUUCAUGCUGGUGGUGAGCUGUGUGUCCCUGCUUUUGACUGUGAUCGAGGUGUUUUAUUUGAUUUGCACCAGAAUAAAAUGUGGAAACAAGAAACAAUACCCACUGCAUAUCACCUCAGCUGAGAACCCAAUCACGCUUUACUGUCCUACAUCAGAAUGGAAAGGUAACCUGGAUGGACAUGAAGAUUGCUCACCCCUUCACAACAUCCAAAGAGAAGCUGAACUAAUGGAGGAAAAGAAAAACACUCCUUAGGUUUGCAAUAGAUUUCAUGUGAUGAUAUUCUGACAUGUGAUUUGAUGUAAUCGUAUCCAAUUAGUUGACUAGACUUCCAGUAAAUUAGGGAAACAAAUCAUUCCAGAGUGUAUUGAGUUUUGUUUGUCAAAUAGACUACCUUGUUGCUGAAUGUUGUAAAUAUUACAGCUUGUUUCUAUGCUGACACUGUGAUGACAAAUGUUUUGUAGGAUAUACAUAUCUUUGUUAAAAAUAAAAGUACUGGAAAAAGAAACGUGAAUAAUAACUCCGGACGCGUAUUCACAGGGCUUACACUAGAUGGCAGCAUAAACUUGGUGAUUGAAAUCACAUUUUACCAGCACCAGUGGUCAGACUUUGUUCCACAGAAUAGGCUAUAGUCUUAUCUAAAUGUCCAGCUCUAUGCUUAUAAACACAUGCAACACAAGUUGCCUUUCAUGUUAAAGUUUCAUAUUAUCAGUGCAACAUAAAAUCGUUAGGCGUCUUGAUGAGUUAUUCUCAUCAUGAUUAAUGUUUGACACUUUUGGUCUGUCAUUACAACUAACAAGAAAAGGUGACAGUCAAACAUGUUAAGCAACUAUCUUUGGGCUUUGAUCUACAUACAAUAGAUAUGAUCUAAAACAAUUAAAACAUACUCCUCAACUAGGCUACUGGUUUAUGGAUUGACGCACAGGACCUAUCAACGGAACGCUCUAGCCUAUCAUAUGCUGUAGACUUGGUCUCGGUGAAGCUUUUAAUUCAUAGUGAUCUGAAAAAGUUACGGUUAAUCUUGUUAUUUAAAGAAAAAAAAUCUAUGACACAAUUACAUUUAAGUAAAAAAAAAAAGAUACAGAAACCGAGCGUAAGGAG